GCGUGUGGGAUGACGUCAACGCGGCACCAGUACCAGUGCGCAUGCGUUGAUAAACCAGGAAGUAAAACGCUUCAGUUUUGUCUAGAAAGAAAGAAGAAUAACAAGUUUGACUGCCUUCAGCUCCCUCCCCAGCCAUGGCGUGCUACUGUUGCUGCAGCAGACUGUGCUCCCGCUCCUCGGUCUACACUCUGGUCCUCGGCCUGGGCUUCGUGACUUUGGGGACCAGUCGCAUCCUGCUGCUCAAAUACUCUGCCAACGCUGAGAGCAAGUAUGACUUCCUCCCUGCAUCCGUCAAUCUACUGGCUGAGUUGCUCAAACUGCUCUUCUGUGUGGCGAUGUCCGUCCGGGUCAUAGUCCGAGAGGGACGAUCGUGCAGAGAGCUGGGCUUCUCCUCCAGCUCCUCCUUCCUCAAAUCCCUGAAGUGGGCUGUCCCUGCGUUCCUCUACCUACUCGACAACAUCAUCAUCUUCUACGUGAUGACGUACCUGCAGCCUGCCAUGGCAGUGCUGUUCUCCAACUUUGUCAUCCUGACCACAGCUGUUCUCUUCAGACUUGUUCUGAAGAGGCGUCUGUCCUGGGUCCAGUGGGCAGCGUUGUGCAUCCUCUUCCUGUCCAUCGUUUCCUUGACGACAGGAUCAGGGGGCAGCCAGAACUCCAUCGCUGUGACGGGGUUCCACUCCAACGCCUUCUCCACCCCCUCCAACUCCUGCCUGCUCUACACACAGCUGCUGGAGCAGAUGAGGAACAGCAGUGCCAGUGUGUCCUGGGUGUCCUCCCUCCCCGGGCAGGCCUGGAGGGACAGCGUAGUGGAGAAGCUUCGCUCUCUGGGCGUGGGUCACAUCCUACUCCUCCUGCAGUGCUUCAUCUCCGCCCUGGCCAACAUCUACAACGAGAAGAUCCUGAAGGAAGGAGACCAGCUCACUGAGAGCAUCUUCAUCCAGAACAGUAAACUGUAUGCGUUCGGCGUGGUGUUCAACGGUCUGACGCUCGGGCUCGGCAGUGAAGCGCGAGGCCUCACCGUGCACUGCGGCCUCCUCCACGGACACAACGUCUACUCCCUGGGGCUCGUGCUGGUCACUGCUGCCCUGGGUUUAUCUGUGGCCUUCAUCUUGAAGUUCAGAGACAACAUGUUCCACGUGCUGACGGGCCAGAUCAACACAGUUCUGGUUACCGCCCUCUCCCUCUUCCUCUUCGACUUCCAGCCUUCCAGGGAGUUCUUCCUCCAGGCGCCCAUGGUCCUGCUGGCCAUCUUUAUCUACAAUGCCAGCAAGCCCAAGGACCUGGAAUACAACCUGCAGCGGGAGAAGCUGCGGGUCAUCAACGGAGAGGUGUUCGAGAGAUCCAGAGGGGACGGCGAGGAGCUGGAGCUCCUGACGAAGCCCAACACAGACAGUGAAUCUGAGGAGGAGUCUUUGUAGUUGCUCUUACAAGAUGGAACACUUUCUUCUCCACUGCUGCGAACGUUAAGCUGCUGAAUCGACUUGUACUCGUGGACGCAGCGUGGUCGCAGAUCUGUCAAUCAUUUAUUUGAGUGACUGUCCCCGGCGGGUGUUGAUGGAUUGUGGGAGGAACUCAGUUUGACACUUGUGUGUAUUGACUGUACAUGUGUGUGUGUGUGUGUGAGUGUUUAUGCAGUGGGAGAAACGGCUGUAGGCUAAUGCAGUGUGUGUGUGCUGGGUAACAUUUGUCACUGUAUUUGCCAUCUGGGAUGAUUAAGAGUUUCUGUUAUGGACACUUUAUUUCUCCUAAUCAUUCGUAUUUGGCUGGUUUAACGACCAGACUGAUGUUUAUUUUGGGGCAUUUUGUCCUUUUUAUUUGAGAGGACCAUGUAAGAAAGGGAGAGACAUAGGACAUACAACAAAGGUCACAAGGCUGGAAUCAAACCUGUAACCACUGCACUGCAGACAGUUAUUUUGAUUGUAUACAGCUUUAUACCGUUUAUAAUUGUUGCUGGCAUCAUGUAAAAUAAGUGUUAAUUCAAUCUAUGGUCAAUAUGUACGUCAGUUAUGAACCAGACCAUGAGCAUUCACACAAUGGACAAGUUAGUCUGCCUUCUUAAAGCACAACACAGCAGCUCUUGGUUCUCUUACUUGGCCUUGAACAUUCCUUCUUUUUUAUCACAAGGCGGAGAAUUGAUGUAGGACGACUGUGAAAUUAUAUUUCUUUUAAGAUUCUUCUUGUGCCAUAAAAUGUUAACGUGUAUGAACGCUAGUUCUGAAAUAAACUGCAAGGAAACGG